AUGUCGGAUUCGUCCAACUCAUUCAUCGCGGCCGAAAAGGCGGCCACAAAUCAACGUAGACCACGAGCCGAGUCUGGUUCAACAGUACGACCGUCACUCGACCGCAUCCCGACGCAGAUCCACCACACCGAGGCCGCUAUCUACCCGGAACCCGCCGACGUCGUGCAAGCCGAGAUGGAGAAGACCGGUGCCGCACCAACGGCCAAGAAGCAUGGGGACGUCGAAGCAGCUAGGAGCAGCCCUUCGACCGGCUUCGAUCCCGCCGACUUUCCUGACGGCGGCCUGGAAGCGUGGCUCGUUGUUCUCGGAGGCUGGUGCGCGCUGUUCUGUACCUUUGGCCUUGUCAACUGUGUGGGUGUGUUCCAGGACUACUACCUCAGGGGUCCAUUGUCCGACUACUCGGCCUCUGAGGUCAGCUGGAUCACGAGCAUGCAGGUCUGGUGCAUGACUUUCGGCGGUGCCAUCUGGGGCCGGGUUUACGACUCGUAUGGACCCCGGCCCCUUCUCAUUGGCGGCACCAUCGUGUACGUCUUCGGCCUCAUGAUGACCUCGCUCGCCACUCAAUAUUAUCAGUUCAUUCUCGCCCAGUCGCUCGUCGCGUCCAUGGGGUCUUCGGCUGCCUUCAACGCCUCCCUCGCAUCCGUCUCGUCGUGGUUCUUCCGCCGCCGUGCCGCCGCUCUCGGCAUCAUGGUGUCGGGCUCCUCCCUCGGCGGCGUCGUUCUCCCCAUCAUGAUGACCCGCAUGAUCGACCCCGAGAUCCUCAACGUUGGCUUUCCCUGGACGAUCCGCGCCGUCGCCUUCCUUUUCCUUGGCCUCCUGACUGUCAGCUGCUUCACCGUCAAGUCUCGCCUCCCGCCGAACCCGCGCCCCCUCGUCCUCCGAGAAUACGUCGACACGCUGCGCGACCCCAACAUGGCCCUCCUCGUCUGCGGCUUCUUCAUGUUCUUCUGGGGCAUGUUCCUGCCCUUCACCUACAUCAUCAUCCAGGCCAAGGAGCAGGGCAUGGACCCCACGCUGACGACCUACCUGCUGCCCAUCAUGAACGCCGUCAGCAUCCUGGGUCGCAUCAUUCCCGGCAUCGUCGCCGACAAAAUGGGACGCUACAACGUCAUGAUCAUCAUCGUCGUCUUCAGCGCCAUUGUCACCCUCGGCCUGUGGAUCCCCGGCCGCAGCGACGUCACCGUCAUCCUCUUCGUGGUCCUCUUUGGCUUCUCGUCGGGCGGCUUCAUCUCGCUGGGACCGGCCCUUGUCGCGCAAAUCUCCGACAUUCGACAGAUUGGCAUCCGGACGGGCACGGCCUUUGCCGUGCAGUCCUUCGGCGCCCUGACGGGCAGCCCCAUUGCCGGUGCCAUCGUCGCGGCGCAGGGCGGCGAGUAUCUGGGUCUGCAGCUCUUUUGCGGCAUGACGAUGGUAGUGAGCACCUGUUUCCUGCUGGUUGCGAGGCACAGGCUGGCAGGCUUCGAUCUGAAAAAAAUUGUUUGA